AUGUCUCAAAUAAAUAAUAAAGAAGAAGUAGUCGGUCAUGAAGAGAUACAAGAAAUCUUAAAAUUAGGAACAGAUUUAAGAGAAUAUUCACAGGAGAUAGAAAAAGAACUUGUUAAGGUUUCGAAUGAAAGUAUUUCGUCAUACAUUAAAGAGUCAUCAAACAUUGCACAACUUCACAAUCAAAUAGGAUCUUGUGAUAAAAUAUUAGAAAAUAUGGAGAAUAUGUUAACAAAUUUCCAACAAGUCCUUAACAAUAUUUCAUCAGAAAUUACGAUUCUCCAGAAAAAGUCAGUGAACAUGAGUGUACAGCUCACGAAUCGGCAGUCAGUUAGAGCACAACUUUAUCAAUUUGUAGAUGAUAUGGCUAUUCCAGAAGAAAUGAUAAGAUGCAUAAUGGAUUGUCCAGUUACAGAUAAAGAUUUUCUGACUCAUUUGAACGAACUAAACCACAAACUGAGUUUAGUGAAAGAAUUGAAUUUUAAGGAGUCGAAAUCAGCUGAUGAUGUUGGUGAUAUUUUGGAGAAGUUGAAAAUCAAAUCAAUGUCAAAGUUAAGAAAUUAUUUACUGGAUCAGAUUUAUAAAUUUCGACGGCCAAUGACGAACUAUCAAGUUCCACAAAAUGCAAUGCUGAAACACAAAUUUUUCUUCGAAUUUAUAUUGUCAAAUGAAAGACAAGUAGCACAAGAGAUCUGUACUGAAUAUGUUGAUACUAUGGGGAAGAUAUACUACAGCUACUUCAAGAGUUACUCAUCUCGACUUGCUGACUUACGUUAUGAAGAAGCAGUGACAAAAGAUGAUUUAAUGGGAAUUGAAGACACUGCAAGUAAAGGUCUUUUCACAAAAUCAACAUCAUUAAAGAAUAAAAGCACGAUUUUCACAAUUGGUAAUCGUGGCGAUAUUUUAACAUCUCAACUUGAAGCUCCAAUAAUCGUUCCACACACACAGCAGAAGAUCAGAUUUCCCUUUGAAGCUCUCUUCAGAUCAGAACAAUAUGCACUAGUUGACAAUGCUUGUCGGGAAUAUCUUUUCAUCACAGAAUUUUAUUUAGUUCGUGGAAAUCAAUCACAAGAUCUUUUCAAUCAAAUUAUGGGCAAAACAAUGUCUUUGAUGUUGAAAAAUAUUGACACUUAUGUUCAAGAUUGUUACGAUACAAUCGCUUUGUUUCUCUGCAUUCAACUUAUUCUUCGAUAUCAAAUUAUGUGUCAUAAACGAUGUGUUAAUGCUUUAGAUAAAUAUUGGGACACACUUCAAUCAGCAAUUUGGCCACGAUUUGAGUUUCUCUUCAGAUUAAAUAUUCAAAGUAUUCGUGAUUGUGAUCCAACAAAGUUUAGUAAGGAAACUGGUCCACAUUAUAUAACUCGACGUUACGCUGAAUUCUCAGCAGCUGUUGUUGGAAUCACUGAAAACUUUCCAAAUGAAACUGUCAGUCGUCUACUACUUGAACUUCAGAAUGAAGUUGAAUGUUUUAUGCUUCGAAUGGCUGCAAUUUUUCCACAGCGAAAAGAACAGUUGAUUUAUUUGAUUAACAAUUAUGAUUUAAUUCUUGGAAUUUUGAUGGAAAGAACGAGAGACAAUACAAAGGAAGCUGAAUCAUUUCGUGAACAGUUAUCAGCAAGAAGUAACGAAUAUGUUGAAGAAAUUCUCAGUCCACACAUGGGUGGAAUCAUUCAUUUUGUAAAGGAAUGUGAAAAGGAAAGUAGUGAAGAUUUGAAACGACAAGAACGUCGAUCUUUGGCGCUUGUGACAAGUUUUUCAUCGAAUUGGAAGAAGGCAAUUGAAGACUUAAACCGUGAAGUUCUUUUGUCAUUCCCAUCACUUGUAACUGGGCAAUCGCUUCUUCAACUCGCUUUAGCUCAACUUGUGCAAUAUUAUAACAGAUUUCAUAAACUUUUGACACCAACAGCUCGAGCUCAGCUCGUAAACAUUCAUGUAAUUAUGGUGGAGAUCAAAAAGUAUAAAAGUAGUUAUUGA